UUUAUUUGGAUAUCUAUGAUGACUCUUUCAUGACAUGGUUUUAAAAUCACAAUGAUCAAUGAUUAUAUGCAACUAGCAAUCGACAAGUUAAUAAAACCACAUAAGUGAUGGAUGAAGUAAGGAAUUUGCAGCAAGAAAAUUUUUUAGCAACCAAAAGGAGUAGUGUAGCCAGCCUCGCAAAUCAGUAUUGAUUUUGUAUAAAUAUUUGUUUUUUAUUUAUUUUUGCAACAAAUCUUUACUAGGACAUUUUGAGUGUCACUGCGUGUCUCACUAUUUGUUGACAUCAGCCACUUGCGACGAUCCAAAAGCCAAGAUUGUUCAUUGCAACAAAACCCGGUAAUAUCUAUACAGAGGAGUUUUUUCUUUCCAGUCAGAAAGUCAGAAAUAAUUACAAGAGCUUAUUUGUUUCUGAAAAACUUCCUUAUUCCUAAUACCGAAAGAAGUGUAUGGAUCUAUGUCUGUACAUGAGAAAAUUGAACGGGUCUUGUUCCAUGAAAAGAUUGGAUUCAUAUUCCUAUGUCUUCUAUGGUAUUUAUGUAGCGCGGUAACAAAUACAAGUUCAAAGAGUAUUUUUAAUGAUGUUCGCUGUCCGGUCACUCUAACUUUUUUGCAAUUCGGGUUCGUUGCUUUUUUUAGCGCUGUUUGUCUACUCAUUCGGCAAUUUUUUGGAAAUGGCAAUGGAAUCCAAAAGCCUUCAAAAUUAGUGCUUUCGACAACGCUACCACUGAGCGUUUUUCAAAUUGGAGGACAUGUGUUUGGCAGUUUGGCCACAACCAGGAUCCCCGUGUCCACUGUACACACCGUCAAGGCACUUUCUCCCCUUUUCACAGUUUUGGCAUAUCGAUUUCUUUUUCAGCAUUCAUAUUCCUCAACAGCCUACUUUUCUCUUGUCCCGCUUACUUUAGGUGUUACUCUGGCUUGCUCCUUUGAACUUUCCGCGGAUUUAUGUGGAUUGUUUUACGCCCUGAUUUCUACAUUUAUUUUUGUUUCUCAAAAUAUAUUCGGUAAGAAAAUCUUUACAGAAGCCAAAAAGCAUGGAAACGCUUCAAAAAAGAGUCAUUAUAACAAAUUAAAUCUCUUGCUUUAUUCUUCAGGUAUGGCAUUUCUUGUGAUGAUUCCAGUUUGGCUUCAUCAAGAAGGAUUCGAAUACCUUCCGGUGGCUGGAUCGCCGGUCUUCUUUAAUGUUAUCCAUAACGGUUUAUCGCACUUUUUCCAAAACAUUCUUGCUUUUACGCUACUAAGCAUCAUUUCACCCGUUGCUUAUUCGAUUGCCAGUUUGAUUAAGCGUAUCUUUGUUAUUGUCGUCUCCAUCUUGUGGUUCCGGCAACCGACCAGUCUAACCCAAGCAAUGGGAAUUGUUUUGACGGCCGUAGGAUUGUACUUGUAUGAUCGUAGCAAGAAGUUGUCGCCGUUGGAUACGAAAAAGGUCAAAGUCUUUGAAGAAAAGGCACUUGAUUUGGAAUCUCAACCAUCUAGCAGAGUUUCCUCUGAAGUGUUCAGUGGAACAAGUUCGCCUUUGUCAGAAAAAAAUUUGUCGCACAGGUUUCCUCGCCUCGACAGUGUCGUCCCACUUAUUUCCAAUUCUCCUUUAACUCCCACCUCUGUAUUAACCAAAGAACCCACCUCAGCACCCCUUCAAUUUCCUUCCCGUAAUUUCCUUAUGGAACCAAAUCAACGAUCCGAAAACUCAACUCUUCACGAUGACUCGUCGUAUUUAGCCAAACAGCCGAGCUAUACGCCACCGCCCGGUGUGUUCAAAGCUCCACGUCCAGAGCGUCCUUGGACUGCGGAGGCAUUGCCUGCUUUAAGGAUUUAAUGCCAGAGUGCUCUGUUCUGGAAUGGAGAACAAGCGUAAAACGUCAUGCCAUCUACUUUGACUAAUGAAGUCGGGGGAUGUAUCUGUGUAGUAUAGACUAAAAGGUUGUCGUUGAAGAAGAUUGAGUGCAUGCCUCAGGCCCAAAAAAAAGAAAAAAAAAAAAAGAAGAAAAAGAAGGAAGCAGAGAGCAGGGGAAAAUGGAAGGAAAGGAAUCGUUUUAUUUUUUUGUCUUUCUUUUUUUGGUUCUUUCAUACGACGUCUUGCGUGGAGACAGUGUGAAUGAAGGACGGAGAAAGGAAAAGAGAGGAAAGAAUAAAUAACGCACAAGCCAAAAGAAAAAAGAAAAUUGAACGGAAACGGUAUAUUCCUAGAUUAUUUUCUUGCAUAUUUCUUUUGGCUUCUCUUCCAACUUGCUCUGGCUUUUUUUUUUUUUUUUUUUUUUUUUGCUAAUAUUUAUUUAAAUCAUGUUCCCCAUUUCCAUCUUUGUUUGUUGUUUUUGCUUUUUCUCUUUGUCUUUGUCUUUUGUCUUUCUUUACUUGAAGAUGAUGGAUUCGUUUUUCUUUUUUUUUUCGUGCAAUCAGCUAAUUUUUAUUUUCAAAUCGCUUUCUAACUAAAUUAUGAAUAAAAUGAUUACCAGCAGUGAAUCAUUGAUGGAAAAGAGGUUGACAUUUUGAAAGCCGUGUAUGUUACGUCCAACAUUUCAGAAAGGAGAUGAACUACGAUCUCAUAUGUCGUUUACAAAUAAUUAAAAAACUAUGAGUUUUGUUUCGUACAAAUUUUAUUCUAGUCAAAUCAACCCAAAACAACUUGUAAUCAAUGAAAGCAAACCAAUUCAAACCAA